UUUUCGUUGCCCGUCUCGAUCGGAGAGAAGCCAAAGAUCCAGAGGUAAAUCUCGUGACGCCAUGGCCUGUACUUCGCACCACUGCCACCUCGUGAGACACCCCCAUGCCGUCGUUCUCAUCGUUUUGAUGGUCGUGCUGUGGUGCUUCACGGCGUACUUGCUGCUUCGCACCAUUGGCCUCCGACGCAUCUUCGCGAGUUGCAAAGAUUGGCUUCUGGACUUGCUCAACAGCUUGAGCAACAGGUCUCUCAGCGGUCCUUUGGAAGCCAAGAUCUCCGAGUACCGCCUGCAAUGGGUUCAGCAGGGCACCCUCGCCGCAAGCUGCGGCGUCGCAUGCGCCGCCGUGCCGGUGCUCAUCCGCUUCUUCUUGUUCGACUCCGUGGGCCCCGCGCACAAGAGCUACAUCAUUUGCGGUUUCUGGGCGCUUCUGAUGGUGAGCCAUAUGUUAGUGAAGCACCGCAGAAGCGUCGUCUGCAAUGUCGCCUACGUUGCCGCCAUGAUCCUAUGGAGCAUCUACGCUGCCCCAUUGCUGAACCAAGACAACCUGGAGAUGCACGUCUACGUCCUAGCGAUCACCUUUGUGGGACGCACCGCCAGCCUCUGUUUGGGACCUUCUCGGCUUCUCGUGGUUGUGUCGAACCUGGCGCACGCCUUGCAUAUGACCCUCACACAGGAGGACGACCAUGGCAAAAUGGUGGAGCUCUCUCUUAGCCUCGUGCUCAUGGUGGCGUACUGCUUCGUGCGGAGGCUCGCGGACCUGCAGGCGGCGUCGGGGUUGGCGCUGCUGGAGGUGCAGGCGGAGAAGCGCGCCUUCGUGAUGCUUCUCAGCUCUGUGUGUGAUGCAGUGGUCGAGCUAGAUGAGGACCUCAAGAUUGUAGGCGACAGCCGGCACUUGCACUGCUGGCUGCUCCACGGGCGAGAAGGUUCGCCCGAGGACGAGGAACUCCAACAGUUCGUCAAGGAGACCGACCGCGCGUUGUUCCUGAAGGAGAUUCGUAGAGAGCGUCAGGGCAUUACAACGGCGGCGGCCUUUCACCUGAAGAUGCGCGACAGCGCAGGCACCACCGUCCCAGUCGAGUGCUUCCACGUGCGCUUCCAGUCCACCAUCGGAGAGCGGCACUUGCUGGGGAUGCGUGAAUAUGGGGAGUCCUGCCUUCAAUCGACCCAAUCGACCUCCAGUACAGCUGUGCCCGCGAGCCAUGUCGUGGAGUUCGAUCCUUUCUCCUGGAAAUGCCGGGGCUUCUCGCAGGCUUUCCAGUGCCUUUUCCCUGAGUCCCGGCGCCGGAUCACGGAGUAUUUGGCGCCCCACUGCCGGGAGCCCUUUGAGAAGAAGGUCACCGACAAGAUCAACCGACUCUCCUACUCGGAUCAGCACACGGACAGGGUGACGAUGCAGCUGCAAAUGAUGGGUUACCCGCCUUGCUCCUGCCAGCUCCUUCUCAGUAAGCAGGAGGGGCACAUGGUGGCACAGCUCGUGCUGAACCUCUCGUCCGCUGACCUCUCCGAAGUCUCCGAAGCCCGCGUGGAUCGGAAAGAAGUUCGCCGUGAGAGCGGAUGCAUUCUGCAGAUACACGAGGAGUCGAAGACUUGCACGGCGCUGUGAGUCCGAGCUUCGUUUCUGAAACCUGCGAGGGCGGUGUUUUUUUUGGUUCAGGUUCUCAGGCACAACG